UUUUGAUUCUUCUUCCGUUGUGGGAGACAUCAUUAUUUCUUUAUUCACUUUCAAUUUGGCCAUCCUGAAACCACCAUGACAACCCAUUUCAUUCUUCAGCGCGCUUUCUAUCUCUCUCGCCAUCUACAGGUAAUUGAAAGAUCGACCAGCAUGCGAGGCUUACACAGAUACUCAUCAUCAGUCUGCGAGUGAACUUCCAGAAAUGCUUUCAUUGCUCAAGUUCCAAAACAGACCAAAGAAUGGUUCAUGAUAGUGAUUUGAUUAUUAUUGGAGUCUCUGUUGGUUUGGCCCUUGGUAUCUUGAUAGCUUCGCUAGUUUUUUUUGGCAUAAGAUGGUACAAGAAUCAUGCUCAUCUCCAACAGUGUGCAAAUGAAUGUAGUCUAACGACCCUUCCAAUACACAUAAAUGGCUUGGAGACUAGCACUGACUUCAGUGGAUCACUUGCAAAUUCCAUGACCGUUCAGCAACCAGGAAAACCUCGUAAAAGUUCACAAUUUUUUUGGUGGAAUCAUCACAGUAAAGAUAGGUUUACGUCAGCACCUGGCAUACUAAGAUAUUCUUACAAGGAUAUUCAGAAAGCAACACAAAAUUUUACAACUAUACUGGGACAAGGUUCAUUUGGUCCUGUGUAUAAAGCUGUGAUGCCUGCUGGAGCAGUAGCUGUAAAGGUUCUUGCUUCUAAUUCAAAACAAGGGGAGAGAGAGUUUCAAACAGAGGUAUCACUGCUGGGAAGGCUGCAUCAUCGGAACCUCGUGAAUUUGUUAGGAUAUUGUGUUGAUAAAGGACAGCACAUCUUGAUUUAUGAGUUCAUGGGUAAUGGAAGCCUGUCAAACCUUCUAUACAAUGAAGAAGAACUAGUUUUGGGCUGGGAAGAAAGGCUUCAAAUUGCUCUAGAUAUUUCACAUGGAAUUGAAUAUCUUCAUGAAGGGGCAGUUCCACCUGUCAUACAUCGUGAUUUGAAGUCGGCUAACAUACUCUUGGACCAAUCAAUGAGAGCUAAGGUUGCUGAUUUCGGACUCUCAAAGGAAGAGGCUUACGAUGGACGCAACUCUAGUUUGAAAGGUACAUAUGGCUACAUAGAUCCGGCGUAUGUAACUACGAACAAAUUAACCACGAAGAGUGACAUCUACAGUUUUGGCAUUGUCAUCUUUGAACUCAUUACAGCCAUCCACCCUCAUCAAAACCUAAUGGAAUAUAUCAGUCUUGCUGCAAUGAGCCGGGAUGGUGUCGAUGAAAUACUAGAUAAAAAACUGGGCGAAGAGUGCAAUAUUGAAGAAGUGAGGGAACUAGCUGCCAUUGCUCACAAAUGCUUGCAAAAAUCACAAAGGAAGCGACCUUCAAUAGGAGAAGUUUCACAGGCAAUAGCGAAGAUAAAACAAAGGCGACUUGUUAAAGAAGAUAGCAUCUCUUUUGCUAGUCGAGAUUGUUCCCGAGCUGCAAGCAGGAUCAAGGAUCAAAAUGUGGAGUUGAGCAAGAUGACUAGCGUUAAGGAGAGCAAUUAAAUGUCCAGAAAUUUUCUUUGCUUUCAGUUGUUUUGAAUUUUUUUCUCACUUGCCUUUUCAUUUCUUUUCUUCUCUUGACUAUAGAACGUGAUACACAAAAUUAGAGAAUUAGGUUUAAGGAAUCAAUGAGCUCGUUGUGUUGCAUGUAAUUGGUCGGUUUAAUUUGAAAUUACAAAAUUGAAAUAUCAAAA